UCAAAUUUGCAUUUCAAUUGGUUUGGGUAAUUAGCGUUCCAACUUUUUACCUCAUCCAUGAUCAUGAUCAUCUUCUAUAUCUUAUUCAUCAUUUCAUUUUGUUCGUCUGCCGAUGGUGAUGAAUUUAGAAACUGUAGCCUUCUUUACAACUGUGGAAGCUUACGGGGAAUAGGAUAUCCUUUCUGGGGAGGUGAUAGGCCGGACUAUUGUGGUCGCCAAGACUUUGGCCUGGACUGUGUAGAUGGUCAAUACACAACCAUGCUGCUUGAUGAUCUGUCUUAUGUGAGUUAUCGUGUAUUGGCAAUUGAUGCAUCAAUUCCCAAGAUGACCAUUGCUCGCGAUGAUCUUUGGAAUAACAUUUGUCCAGACCAAUAUUCAUUCCAUAACAAUGCCACCUUGUCAAACUUUAACCUCAACUCAGCUAGAACUGCAAGGAAUCUCCACAUAUUCUAUGGUUGUACUGCUGAGGUUAUAGCCAAAGUACAAGUUCAAAGUAAUGUUACUUGUUCAAUAGACGGAGAAAAGGGUGGAGUUUUUUUUUGCAGAUGAAUUUGUAUCUGGUGUUGAGGGAUGCAAGGUCAGCUUGGUUGUUUCGAUCCAGUUGGCAGCUUACAAUGACCUCUGGGACAGGAAAAUCACACUUGAAGAAGCUUUGACUCAGGGGUUCGAUGUCGAGUAUAAUGCUGCCCUUGCGGCCUGCUCUUCAUGUGAGGCUUCUGGGGGAAAAUGUGGAUCUAAUUCAACAUAUGAAUUUAUUUGCAUUUGUCAAGAUCAGUCCUAUCCGAUGCUUUGUCCUAAACAUGGUAUGGUGUGUUUUUCUUACUCAUGUUUUUAUUUAAAUCUUUAAUUUCAUAUUGCUUUCUUUUGUCCUAGUAAUCAUUUUUGGGCAUGCAAUGAUAUGAACCUUCACCGUAGACAACAUCACUCGGAAAAUGUUGAAAUUUAGUGCAAAUAGGAUUCUGAAAAGUUUGAAGCAAACGCAAACGUUGGAGAUCGUACGCAAACGAUUGCAGGUGCUUGGAAUUGUGCCUUUUGCACCUCGACCAAACCCAAAACUUCUUCUAAACUAGACCAAAAAAAAAA